UAUCACAUGUAGAGAAGCGACACAGACUUUAAUCCGGUGUGUCACUGUUAUUAGAUCUAUAAUUGUGUAAAAUGGACAGUUUUGGUUCUGAUUUCUCUUCGGGCUCAUCUUCUGGUAAAAUGGACACUGGCACUAUAAUGGAGCAGGUCAAAGUUCAGAUUGCCGUUGCGAACGCUCAAGAGCUGCUGCAGAGAAUGACUGAUAAAUGCUUCAAGAAAUGCAUUGGCAAACCAGGAAGCACAUUGGACAACUCUGAACAGAAAUGCAUUGCCAUGUGCAUGGACCGCUACAUGGAUGCAUGGAACACGGUCUCCCGCGCAUAUAAUUCCAGAUUACAGAGGGAAAGGGCACGUAUUUGAUGUGCAUAUGGCGGCCGGUACUACCUCGGUAUCACCUGAGUCCUCAGGUCGAGAUGCCUGGUCUCCAAAUGCACGACGAGUGUAUAGACUUGGCACGCUUACCACGCAACAACAACUGAUGGAUACAGAAGGAACCAGGUGGCUGGAUUUAGACUCUACAUGGACAUUUUUCAUUACGUUUUGUUUUCAAACCAUGUUAAAAUGAUAAUACAAGACAUAAAAUAGCUGUUUAAUAAUUUUAAAAUUCAAAUUAAAGGAUUGAUAUGAUAAUUGUAGUAGCAGGUCUCAUGUUUAAAGUAAUGAGCAGAAUUGGGAUAACAAGAGGAUGGGUCAUGAUUUUGGUAUCCAGUUCCUGCUCGCGGGUCUCACUAUGUUUAAAAACAAUGCUAAAAAUCGGACACCUCCCCUUAUGCUGUUAUCCAUUCAUCAAGCAGCCAAUCAAAAUUCAAUCUGCCAUCUGUCUACCUUUUGUCAUUGGGUGGAUGUUACUCCAUUCCCUGAGGGAACGGCUCACUUUACCACCUCUGUUCCUCAAACCCUAGCUCUUCUCCCAGAGGGGAAGAAUUCAGGGGCGUCUUUGUUGCAAUAAUUGUCACUUCUUCACCAGGAUCGGCCGAAUAGUGCUUCUAACUUACCUCUGAAGAACAAACUGCAAUUGUCGACACUGGAGUCUCAUUUGUCUCAUUGUCUGUUAAGUACAGUAGUAGGGUUGUUUAGACACUAAACUACAAACCCUUGUAAAAGCAGUUCCCUUUGUGUACAAGCGUGUCAAAGUUCCCAAUUUCCUUUGCUUCAUUGAGUUUUGUAAAGGCUUGGACAGAGAUGCAAACUCCACCAAGACAUGUCCAGACAGAUGUUGUGCUGUUUUUAUGGAAUGCAAAUAAAUACCAUCAAGUCAGU